AUGAAGCGUUGUGAGAUGCCAGCGCAUUUCCUCGAGCGCACGCAAGCGUAUGUGUGCAAGGAAGGGAACGAGAGGUUGUUCGGCGAGCGCAUCUAUGUGAAAGACACGGUGUCGUCGAAGCGGAAGCGAGAAGAUGAGAUUUGGACUCAGGCCAUUGGAGCAGAAGAGGAUGUAGCUAGGAAGCUGCUCCAGAAGCAUUUCCCGCGUGAUUACAUUCGGUGUUACUGCAACUUUGAGAAGUUCCUUCAGAGCAAGAGGCGCAAAACCACAGUGGAACACGUGCCCAACUUCACCGCCAAUGGUUGGGUGGUGCCUUCGGAGUUGCUGGAGUGGCGGAAGGAGAUUUCCGGAAGUGCGCGCGAAGGUAGGCCUGUCAGUCAUAUUUUAAUAGGCCCCCCUAGGUGCGGGAAGACUCAGUGGGCGCUGUCGUUUGGUAGACCUGCGGAGAUGUCAAACAGGUUCUGCUUUGAUGCUUUGACGCUUUACCGGAGGAUUGCACGCAUCUUGUUUCAAACGAUAUUGUUGUGA